AUGGCCGGUACUCUGAUAGACCCGACCCGCGCUCCGGUGGCCUGGCUGCGGGCCGUUCCGCGGCUGUUCGAGCAGCUGCAGCAGCCGGACACCGGCGGGAGGCAGCGGGCUCUGGCUUCACUCUGCGACCUCAUGCACGACCCGGAGCGGCUCUACCAGACCGUCAGCGGAGGUUUUCUGGACCAGUUGAAGGUUUUGCUAACGGACAAAGAUCCGUCGGUCAGAGCACGGACCUGCGAGCUGCUUCACCUGGUGACCGCCCACAGCGCCGGCAGACAGGCCCUGCUGUCCUCCUCCCUCCUCCCUCCCCUCUCACAGCUGUUGGACGACUCCUCGUCCUCCUGCAGGAGAAACGUCCACCGAGUGCUGAACCGCCUCGCUCUGCUGCCUGCAGGUGCGGACGCUCUCCUGACUCUGGUUCCUAAACUGAUGCUGAAGCUCAGAGAGGAAGAGGAGGAGGAGGAGGAGGAGGUGCAGGUGCUGCUCCUCUCCACCAUCAGCUGCUGCUCCAGACUGGACGCUCUUCCAGCUCUGGCUUCUGAUGGCGUCUCACUGCUGGGCCACAAACUGUCCCACCGCUCGGUGAACAUCCGCAGAGAGGCAGCUGCAGCUGUGAUGGCCCUCAGUGUUCCUGAGGAUGGGAAGCGGAAGGUGUGUGAGGAGGCAGUGCUUCCUGUCCUGGUUGGUCUGCUGCAGGACGAAGACCUUGAGGUUCAGGCCAACGCUGCAGGGGUCAUCAUGUACACUGUGAUCAUCACCACAGGGAAGCAGCAGUGUCUGGAUCUGGACGUCGUCCCUGUCCUCCUCGACCUGGUGUCCAUGAAGAAAGAGGAGGAAGCAGCAGAGGAUAUGGAGAAGCGGCGGAGGAGGAAGGCCCUCAUCGUGUACUGCCUGCGGGCUCUGACUUCGCUGGCUGAAGCUCCGGAAGGUCGCCGCCUCCUGCUGGAGCAGCUCCCCCUGCUGGUGAGGCGGAGUGAGGCUGCAGAGGAGGACCGGGACAUCCGGCGGGCUGCUCAGACCGCCAUCAGGGUCGUCACCUGGACCCCCUGAGACCCUGAUAACACCUGACCUCCAUGGCACACCUGCUGACAAAAAAUAAAAUCAUUCACUGUUUGUAG